GCACUGGCCAGUUCAAAUGUACAUUCAACUUGCAUACACAGCGGGCAAUACUCGUCAAUCUAUUCAAAACAUUAAACAGAGACCAGAGCUAGUCAUGGGCCAUAGUGUUUUGUACUGGCGUCAUAACUCAAUUUAGACCCAUCGUAAUGUCUCAGUGGCAUACAAAUUUACAUGUACAAAAGCUCCUCUGAGCCCAUCCAAACGAUAAAAAGUGUAUUUUAGGUUAAAAAGUGGUGACAUUUGUGUAGAGACAAUGUGUUGAGGGAACUUGAGUUUUUUUCAAUUGAUUAAACAGUUUAGCCACAAUUGAUCAACAUGGUUUUCGAGUCGAUCGUCACCGAACUUCUCAACAAGUUCCUGGGAGAAUACAUUCAAAACUUGGAUUAUAAGCAACUUAAAGUCAGCCUCUGGGGUGGCGAUGUGGUCCUAACGGACCUCCUGAUAAACGAGAAUGCCCUAGACAUGCUGGACCUGCCCAUUAAACUGGGUUACGGUCGUCUGGGCAAAUUGAUCCUAAAGAUCCCCUUCAAAGACAUGUGGAACGGUCAGAUAGACGCGAUAAUUGAAGAACUUUUUAUUCUGAUCGUCCCUUCGAGCCAAGUCAAAUAUGAUCCGGAAAAAGAGGCAAAAGCUGAGCUUGACGCGAAACGAACAGAGCUCGCGAGGAUCGAACGAUCCAAACAGCUGGCUGACGCCAAACUUCAGGAGAAACUUGACGACUCUAUGAUGGAAAAGCUUAUCGCCCGAAUGAUCAAGAACAUUCACGUUGAGAUAAACAGAAUUCACGUCCGCUACGAGGAUCACGUCACCUUCAAAGAGCACCCCUUCUCCAUAGGCUUCACUCUAAAUAGACUAGCCUUGGAGAGUUGCAAUGAUUCCUGGCUGACAUCCGCCAACCUCAAGGAUAUGUAUUCAAUUCAACAGAUUUUUAAGCUCCUGACAAUGGACGGCUUUGCCGUUUACCUCAAUCCCAAUCUUCUCCAAUUUAGUAGACAAUCCCAGUGCGAUUAUCUUCGCCUAUUCUCCGAGAGCAUCGCAACGAUGGAUUGCGUGCCACAAGAUUACCAGUACCUCGUUGGACCGAUAAACGUCAAGGCUAAACUCAAACUUAAUCCAAAACCAGAGACUGAUGGUAGUAAUUACACUAUUCCUAAGGUCUGGCUGGAUUUGGAGAUGCAGAAACUUAGAAUUGGCCUGACAAAACGCCAAUAUCAGACCCUCUUGCGGUUGUCAGAGGGCCUUGAUCGGGCGACUAAAGCAGCUCCUUUUAGAAAAUACCGUCCAGACGUCACCUCCUACCGAGGUCACUACAAACAGUGGUGGCAUUUUGCCUACACAUGCGUCCUCGAGGAGACAGUGCGUAGGUGUCGAAGAGACUGGGACUGGCUGCACAUGAAGGAUCACAGGGAUACCUGCAGGAGCUACGCCAAUACCUACCAAACUAAAUUGACAGCUAAAAAGCCCUCCAAGGAGGUGGAGGAACGCCUCACUGAGUGCGAGAGAAAGCUCGAUCUCUUCAAUCUCGUUAUAAUUCGACAGCAAAUCGAGAUGGAAGUUGAAAGACUGGCCGAAAAGGAGAAAAGCCUUAAAGCCAAGCAGGGAUGGUUUGGUUUUCUCUGGGGCUCCUCCCAGGUGGAGGACGUCCAAGAGCUCAACUCGGCUGCUGCCAUAAUGAAGAAAUUCCAGGAGGCCAUGACACCGCAAGAGAAGGAGAAGCUGUUCAGAGCGAUUGAUUAUCAGGAAAACAGCACACCUGCCCAUUAUCCUGAGACAUUCAUCAUGAUCGACACGAGCUUCUAUCUCCACGGACUUCAGAUCACAGUAUCAGAUACUGAUAAAGAUUGCCCUGAGGUGCUCGAUCUUCAGUUCAAUGGGGUUCAUGCUGCUUUCAAGUCAAGACCAGCUGCCUCAGCAGUGCUAGUGACAGCUUCUGUCAACGAGCUCAAACUCCUCGGAGUCAAGCAGAACGAUCGAAUACCCUCUCUUCUCAAGUCAGACAGUACUGGCUCAAUACAAGACUCAGACAGGAGUUUAUUCUCCGUGUCCUAUGAGAAAAAUCCUCUCGAUAAAUUAUGCGGGGACAGGAUAAUCGUCAAGUCCAAAUCAAUUCACAUUGCGUACGACGCGCAAACCAUAAUCGAGCUUAUUAAACUCUUUCGGGUUCAGAAUCAGACGGCCCUCACCCAGAUCCAAGCAGCUGCUGCCGAAAGACUGGAGGGUUUCAAGGAGAUGUCGGCCCUGGGACUCGAAUACGCCAUUCAGAAGCACUCGAGCCUCGAUAUUCAGGUCGAUCUCGCAGCUUCUCAACUUAUCGUUCCAUUUCGUGGAUUUUACACUGACCAAGCUGCGGUUAUUGUCAUUAAUCUUGGUAGUUUGAAAAUUCACUCCCUCGAGAAGUCGAAAGACGAUUUGGCCACCAGCUCGGUGAAGCAGCUCGUUAGCAUGGGAAAGAGUGAGGAGGAUAUCCUCAUGCAUCUUAGAAAAUACAGUUACGACAGGUUUGCCCUGAAGAUUGUCAACUUUCAGGCACUGGUUGCUUCAGAGGGGGAGGACUGGAAAUGCGCUUUGAUGGAUACUGUUCACUCGAUGGCCCUUCUUGAGCCCACCACUCUUGAGAUUCAAUUUCAUAAGUGUCUCAUCACCGAUGAUCCCGUUCUACCAAAGAUGAGGAUCAUUGGGCAGCUGCCGUCAUUGGCAGUAAGUAUCGAGGAUGCGAGGCUUCUACAGGCAUUGUCGAUAAUUCAGAGUAUUCCCCUACCUGAGGAAGAUCCGGGGUCCCUUGAGCCAGUGCCCCUCGCCAAAUCUGUAUCUCAGCUGUCGUUGAAUUAUAUGAAGGAGCUAACGGCUGUUCAGAAGGAGCAGAAACCCCCGAAAGCCUCUGUCCAGUCGACGGAUCUUGAGGCUAAAUUUGUAAUGAAGGAAUUCACCUUAACACUGUCUCGAAGGGAAUCCACUCAAGUGACGCCCUUUGUAAGAAUUGAAAUUCUCCAGGUAGAGGCCGAGAUGAUCCAGAGGACUUAUGAUCAGGAGGUGAUGUUGAGGCUGGGAGGAGUUCAGGCUAAACAGUAUCACAACGGGCAAGAAAUUUACGUGGUGAACACACCAAUGGCCACUGGCAGUGAGGAGUACCUUGUCGUUAUUCAAUACGUAAACGUUAACAAAUACUCCCCCGAAUUUAUCACGCGUCAUGGAUCAGUUGUAAAACUCCUUAAGCUUGAAUUCACCACAUUGGAUGUGCUAUUGCAUCAAGAGGCCUUAAUAAACGUUAUCAAAUUCCUGAGUUACAUGCAGGAAAAAAUAACACCAUCUGUUCCUGCCGUGGACGAACCUAAGGAUCGCCACAUAACUCGUCUGCCUCAGCUGUCUGUUAUUCCUGAAGACACAUCGACCUUCAUUAAGGAGCAGAUUCAAAAGCAAAAGAUCAAGUCAGAGAGGAGGAGAAAGAGAGUCGUCGAGUGCAUCGACCUCAAGAUUAAAGCAAAAGUUGGAACAAUUUCCCUGAAGAUGAGCAGCGAUUUUCGGGAUAUCACAGCUUUCUACAUCGAGGGAAUCACCGCUGGCUUCAUGAUGAAGGCUUCCUACUCUCAGGCCAACGUCAAUCUCACCUCCAUCAAUAUCAAGGAUCUCAAUAAAUCCUCAAUUUAUGAAAAUAUUGUUGAGGUGGAGGACGCUGAGGCCCUCCAGGUCGAGGCUGUGAUUUACAAUAUCGAGGCUGAGGACGUUGAUAAAAAUAAUAUGUCUAUCAAAGUGAUAAUGGGAUGUCAUAGGAUAGUAUUUUUAAAUGCAUUCGUAACUGGUGUCAUGAAUUUUCUCAAUCACUUCCAAGUAGCUCAGGAGGCAAUUAGAGAGGCCUCUGCGGCCGCUGCUGAAGUUGCUAAAACCAACAUCAAGGAUGUGCAGGAAUCAGCAGCCAGGAUAGAGCUCUCCAUAAAAAUCAAAGCACCCAUCAUUUACGUUCCUAUGAACUCUAAAAGUGAGCACUGUCUCAUGUUAGACAUGGGACAUUUGACCAUCUACAAUAGUCUCAAGGCCCUAGACGUCACCACCGAAAGCGGGGAUUCCCCUAUUAUUGACGAGAUGAAGAUUGAAUUGCAGAACCUCAAGCUGUCGCGUAUGAGACUAAACAUGGAGAGUUUUACCGCCGAAAAUGAAGUGCUCUUGUUGCAGCCCGUAACUUUCACCUUACUCAUGACGAGAAACUUGUCGACAGCGUGGUUCACCGCCAUUCCCGAUAUUGAUAUGUCAGGGAGACUAAAGAGCAUUGAAUUGCUGCUGAGUCACGAGGACUACACGACGAUUCUUAAACUUUUGGAGGAAAAUUUAGGAGAAAUCAUUGAGGAGCCCCAGCCUCUUCAAAGGCCCCAUCCAGCCCCCAGAAAGUCCAUUGAUAUUCAAAGAUCAUCAAAAAGCUCACCGAAAUGCCAAGUCGAAAUGAUCAGCAGAACCAGUGACCUACAUCCCCAAAAACAGGCCCACACAUCCAUCAAGUUUGAAUUUAUAAUGGAGAGUCUGAUGAUUGAGCUAUUUAGUGGGGGAUCAAAAUUCCUCAAGAGCCAUUCAUCACCCCUGCACCAGCCUGAGAAUGGCCUGGCUAAGUUUGGUUUAAGCCACUUUGCAGUGAAGGGUAGAAUUUUUGAGGAUGGACUUUUGGCAACGUCAAUUCUCCUUAUGAAUUGCACAUUGGAUGACACUCGUUAUCUUCGUCAAGGAUCUUUGACAAGGAUUAUGGAGAGGACGUCGGCGGUCCCCUCGCUCGACGAUCUCUCAAGGGAGGACAAGCCGGUGAGAAGUAUGUUGGAUGUGACGGUGAGAAAGAGUUCAAAUGACAUGUUCGUGGACGUGAGAAUCUUUUCCUUCAGCAUUAUCGUGUCCCUCGAUUACUUGAUGAAGAUCAAAGAAUUCUUCGAUGUUGAGACCAAUCAGUCCUCGCAAAAUUCCACAAUUACCUCUCAAAAGGGGACAGACGCUUUGAAAAGGAAAAAUCCACCACCAACACCCUCCAUGAUGACAAUAAAUCUCCUCGUGGAGAAACCAGACAUUAUCUUGGUGGAGGACAUGGAUGACAUAAACUCUAAUUGCAUUGUACUGAAUGCAGAGUUACAAGUGAAAAUAAGAAUGAUCGGUGACCACCAAGUGAUAUCUGGAUCAGUCAAGGAUCUGUCUCUUCUCGCUGGAGUUUAUAAUCCAGCAAAACGAGCUGACUGGAUUUAUCAGGUGCUCAAGCCGUGUAGCAUUAGCAUUGCCGGCUCGACACCAGAGGGAAAGGGCCUGCACGUCGACGUCUGUAGCACGGAUAUACACGUGUCAGUGUCACCAGGAGUAAUUGAGAUCCUAAAUCGAGUUGUUCAGAAGAUAACGACUAAGGAUGCAGAGAUGGGUGAAGAGCAACGAGGGGAUCCAACACACGAGGGCCUAUGGCUGAUAACUCCUUACGAGGAGAAAGACUACUGGUUUUUAAAAACCGAAGUUGCCCAGGAGGCACUGGAUUUUCUUGGCUUCGAAGAAGCCGAGGAGGUUACUGCGUACAAAGCAGAGCUCGCUAUCCUUUCAAUACCAAAUAUUGUUCUUACCCUUGAAGCUGGUGUUGGUAACAAGACGCUACCGAUGCUUCUCCUUCACCUGGCUUUCCAGAGUAACAUCAACGACUGGAGUACCAAAACGAUGAGCAUUGAAAGUUCGAUAUCCGUCAUAAUGGCUUAUUACAACAGUCGUUUGGCCCUCUGGGAGCCCCUCAUUGAGCCUGUCGAAGCGGUCAAGAAUGGGGAACGGACCACCACCUCCUGGGAACUCAAGACAAGAAUCGCCUUUCACGAUGUCUCUCAAUCCCCCACAGCCAGCGCUCUCUCUCCCAGCACUGAAAGCGAGCCUGAGGAAUUCCAGCAGCCGUCGAGAAUAUCCAUUGACGUGCAGUCCUCUGAGAACCUCGAGAUCACCGUAACGAAGACAUGUUUGGAAGUCCUCCAGCAGCUUGGACAGGCCUUCUCAAAUGCCAUGGGGACAAGGACUGACCAGGGAUCAACUUCUAGACUUGCGCCUUAUUUAUUGAAAAACGAGACCGGGGUGGCUCUCACUCUGGACCUGGUCAAGAGUAACUUUAGGGUCGUUAGCAGCACUUUUGAAAGUACUUUACAACCAGAGAGCUAUUUGGAGGUGGUCCUCGAGUCUGGGGCAUCAAUUGAAUUGGUACCAAAGACUGUUAAAGGGGGUAUCGAUGUUCUUGAGCAGUUGAAGAGUGUGGCAGUUAAGGAUUCGGAGGAUAAUAUAUUCGUGGUGACGUUCAAGGGGAUUGACAAUAGGCUGGAGGUACCAGUUCUCAAGGCUGACAAGCGAUUCUUUCCUCUAAAGUACAGAAAAGAGGGCUCUGAGGAAUGGGGACUCAUCUCUGAUGUCGUCGUCGAGGAUGGCAGCACUGUGGUCACUCUCAGGAGCAUUCUCCAGGUGCACAACCACUUCACUCAGCCCAUUUCGGUAUACUAUAUGACUAAGAGGGGUAAUGAAGUGGAACGUGUGGGGACUGUACAGCCGGAUAAAAAACUUAAUCUUCCAUUGGAUGCUGUGUACACUCCGACCAGUAUUCAUUGGCUAUUCUUCAGUGUCGAGGGCUAUAUGGUUUCAGUUGAGCCCUUCGUCUGGAAGGAUCUCCAGAAAACCGUCUCCAUGACCAAAGUACUCAAAUGCGACUCGAGGGAUAAGGGCAAACAAGCAAACAAAGACGUCUUCUUCAUUCAGAUUAUUUUCACUCUCAUCGUGGUGGGUUCUAUCUUCUAUAAUAACACCAAUGUGAAUUUAUUAUUGAGUAAUGUUGAUUGGCGGAGUAGACUAAAAAAAUUUCGUAAUGAUAAGAAGUUGAAAUCAACCAUUUCUUGUAAGGACACAUCAAAAUAUUUGGAAGGACCUAUUAAGGCUGUGGGGGAAAUUGAACAGGUGUACUUUGAAAACACUAAUAGACACACUAUGGCCAGUACCAUUUACAACAUUCACUUGUACCCGGCUGUGUACCUCAAGAAUUUCUUACCCAUUGACAUUGUCAUUGUGCUGCCUGGCUCGGUUGAGGAAAUGCUUGUCAAGGCUAGUGAGACCCUCCAACUACCAGACAUCGAUCCCACCAACUCGGAUAUCAUUAUCAAGUUGCCUCAAUAUUUGGAGAAAGAUUGGUCCUGCAAAGGUGAAGUACUAGCUGAGCCCCCAGAAUUUUCAGUUUGGUCUUUUGAAUCAUUCGACAGUGCCCAGAAAGUCAUAAUGGAUCUGGGAAUGCAUUGCUCUUUCAAUCAUGGAUCAGUGGUGAUGGCACUGUACUGUCCCUUUUGGAUGCUGAACAAAACUGGUUUGAUGCUCUCGUACAGGAAAUCAAGUAAAGGGGGAAAAGAGCAGACGAGUCCGGCCAAGAAGUUCCUAUGCUCCAUGCGACCGAGACGCCGCAGAGGAGAGUUUGGAAGGCGAAAGGGCAAAUCGAGUUCGGAAGACCAAUUGAACGUAAUGUAUCAUCCAGAGCACUACAGGGGUCCGAUUCUGUUUUCCUUUCGCUCGAAGGCCUUUUUCGGGAAGAAAAAGGCGAUGGUCCGGGUGGAGGAUGGCGAUUGGUCGGAGAAAUUUCCGAUUGACGUGGCGGGUAGCAAGGGAGUCGUGGUCUGCAGGUACAACGGAAUAAACUACCGGAUAGGUGUGCACAACCAGUUGACGUACAACUCCCUGACCAAGCAAAUCACUUUCACCCCCUAUUAUGUGCUAAUAAAUAAUGCGAGAUAUCUGAUAGAGUGCCAGGAGGCCUCUCGUCCAGCAAGUUCAAUCACACGAGUCCCACCAGGGGAGUGCGUGGCCUUAUGGCCAGAAUCCGAGCAAGAGCGGAAGCUUUUGGUGGCAAAGGUCGGUGGACACAGCGAGAAAACAGCUCCCUUCGUUUUUACAGAAGUCCACACAACCCUCUUGAAGCUAGACAACAAGUAUGGAGGUUUGAAUAUUGAUAUCCAGAUCAACGAGGGUGGGGUUUACAUCACCAUGUCAGGGUAUAGCUCUGGCAAUGCUCCUGGUCUGAUAAUAAAUCACACAUGUCACACCAUUCACCUCUGGGAGAAAGGCUCUAUGAACGUUCGAUCUUUACAAUCGUUCAACCGAAUGUUCUACACGUGGGAGAAUCCCUCAGGGCCCAGAAAGCUCCUCUGGGAGGACCACAACAAAAAAGAGAUUGAGAAUGAUCUAAGACAGGACAACUUGGGGGCAUUCCAGUGCCCAGACACCGAGGAAGAGGUCUUUUACGUGUCUUUUCUUGAUGGAACCCAGAGAGUUCUUCUCUUUACAACAUCUCUCAAAAUUGCUGAGGAUUGCCAACUGGUGGGAGACCUCGAGAUCGCCGACCAGGAUAUCACCAUGAGCAUUCACGGCCUGGGGCUUUCCCUCGUCAAUAAUUUCACGAGAACUGAGCUCCUUUAUUUAUGCAUCGCCGAUUCGGGUAUAAUCUGGGAGAUAAGAAAGUCUUCUGGAGGGCGUUGGAAGGCUCUGGGACCCCACGAAGUCCUUCUCAUCGAGGAGGGAUACCAAAGAUAUCUCAGGGAGGUACAAGUAUGCAGUGACACACCACCGAGGGUGAUGCUGGAGCCAAAACUUAUGGUAGAUUAUCAGAAUAUGGAGUUACUCAAGCCCAAUCGAAGGUACAUGAGACGGAGCUUUCAAACAGGUCUCUGGGUACAGUAUAGAACGUCAGCUCAUCAGGUCCAGCUUCAUGCUAAGAUCAACAGAUUGCAAAUCGAUAAUCAACUGUUCGAUUGUGUUUUUCCGGUGAUACUGGCUCCGGUACCUCCACCGAAGAGUGUAGCCCAGUCGUCGGUGGUGAAACCCUUCGCUGAGAUGAGUAUUGUCAAGCGACUACUCGAGCACAGUACUGUCCAACAGUUCAGGUACUUCAAGGUUCUCAUCCAGGAGUUUCACGUGAAGGUGGACAUUGGAUUUAUUAAUGCUCUCAUGGUAUUCUUUGAGGCUAAUGAGGUAAAUGAUGGUGAGGAGAGUAAACUCUUUAAAACGGAUAUGAAACUUGUAGAUGAGCCUCUCAUGUACCACGUCAACCUCAUCACCACUGCUGAGCAGAAAAACUUCUUCGAUCUUCUCCACUUCUCACCCCUCAAGAUUCACGUGAGCUUUUCCAUGACUGGCAGCGGCGGGGGGCCAUCUGCUGUACCCCAAGUUCUCAAUGUGGUUUUGCAAGGAAUUGGAGUGACACUCACUGAUAUCAAUGACAUUGUCUUUAAGCUAGCUUAUUUCGAGAGGAACUAUAUCUUCAUGACCCACCAGCAGCUGAUAUCCGAGGCGACAAGCCACUACGUUGGCCAGGCUAUUAAACAGGCUUAUGUGCUGGUGCUGGGGCUCGAUGUUAUUGGAAAUCCUUAUGGUUUGGUAGUUGGCACAAUGAAAGGCAUUGAAGAUUUGUUCUACGAGCCUUUCCAAGGGGCCAUACAGGGACCUGGAGAGUUUGCAGAGGGCCUCCUUCUCGGGGUGAGAAGCAUGCUCGGCCACACUGUUGGAGGUAUGGCCGGAGCUGUCUCCAAGAUCACUGGGGCCAUGGGUAAGGGAUUAGCUGCGCUGACAUUCGAUGAGGAUUACCAGAGGAAGAGGCAGGAGCAGUUAAAUAAACAGCCGGCGAAUCUUCAAGAGGGACUGGCGAGGUCUGGCAAGGGUCUCGUCAUGGGGGUAGUCGACGGGGUCGCUGGCGUUGUAAUGAAACCCAUUUCUGGAGCUAAGGAAGAGGGUGUUGAGGGAUUCUUUAAAGGAUUCGGAAAGGGAGUGGUGGGCCUUGUGACAAGACCUACUGCUGGAGUCAUUGAUUUUGCCAGUGGCUCGUUUGGGGCUGUUAGACGAUGCGCUGAACUCACUGAGGAGGUCCGAAGAACAAGACCACCCAGAUAUCUACAGCCAGAUUCUCCUGUUAGGCCGUAUGUAAAGGAGGAGGCUGAGGGUCACAAGAUGCUUCUCGAGCUCGAAAAGGGCAAGUACGCUAAUACUGACGUCUACUUUUUUCACGUCAAUGUCCAGAAGGAUGUGCUACUACUUACUGACAAGAGGAUUGCUUAUCUUGAACAUAAUGAUCUAUUUGGGGGGUGGAAGGUCGACUGGAGUUACACUUGGCAGGAGAUUAACCAGAAGGCCAAAAUUGUGGAUAAAGGAGUGCAGAUAUUUGUCAAGGAUACAAAGAAGAAAAAACUCGGUCUCUUCGGUGGGAACGACACCUCCAAGCUUGUCAUUAUUGGAAAUCACUACGUCAAGCAGCUACUGUGUACCAGGAUUGAUGAGCAGCUUGAUUUGGUUGAGGGGUGAAAUUUUUUUUUUUAAUGAGUUUCCACUCGAGGAUACGAUCAUGAUUAUUUUCUGCCUCAUUAAAAUACGGCGAUGCGAAAGCGUUGGAAUUUUUACAAUCAAAAAUAAAUAUUUAAGGUUUUUCAUGCACAAGAUAUUUUUGGUUUUGAUACAAUAGGCCGAAAAAUUUUCAAACUAUAUGGAAUGCAAAGGUGUCGAAUAAUUUGUGUGUGUGUCUGUAAAAGAGAGAGAGAGAGAGAGGGAGACAAAGUGUGAGAGCGAGUUGUCACUAUCUUUGUUACCUUUUUUUUUUUAGAAAGAGACCAAGGUCUCCUUCGUCGGCCUACCGAGUGCCUGAGUUAGGAUAGAAUCAUGUACUUUAUUUUUUACUUUGAUUUUGUUCACUCGAUUAAUUCAAUCUUGCGCGAUUUUUAUGUUUCGUUCUAUUAAUUCGAUGACGUUUUACUUGACUAUUGUAUUCCACAUUAUAGUUUUUAUACACGUGUACAUGAGAGUGAGGAGUUAAACUCCAACCAACUGUUUGAUAUUUUCAAGUGAUUAUUUAAGAAUCGUUGCAAGCUUCCAUUAUUCUAUCGAUUAUUUAAAUAAAUAGAAGAGUCUACGAUCUUAAUAACGGUUGUUUGAUAUUUGAAUUUUAAAUACAGAGUAAUAGAGCUAUUGUUGCGCGAAUUUAAUAAAGGAGUGCCAUUCAA